GAUCACAGAUCUGUUCCAGUAACGAUCUCCUCACACAAGAAAAACGCUGUUACAACCAGCUCCUGAAAUUCAGCAUCACUUCAGAGAGAAUCUCUCGAGUUUGCACUGCAGCAGCAUCUACGCAAUAAAGUUAAUUACACAGGUCAGUUUGAGGAGCGGUCUGACAUGAUGAGGUUUCUGAUCUCAUUGUGUGUGCCUCUUCUGCUACUGGUUAACGGUGAAAUAAUCAAUGGACAAACAUCAGUAGCACCUACAACUUCCAGCUCUGAUCCAUGCUAUAAUUACACAAUCAUUAAUGACUUCUGGAGAGAUGUUCGCCAGAACCAGUACUAUUCAAAUAACGACAAUCUUGUUGACUGGAAUGGCUGGUACCGCUUCUAUCUAAAUGGUGCAAGUGCUCAAAUGUCCGAGUGGUGUGUGAGUUAUGCAGGAUGUGGAGGUGAAACUGCACUGUUUCUCUCUGGUUCUCAUCCAAAACUUGAGGAUGUAGUGGUGACCCGAGCAGUCUCGGGAAAUUAUCAGUGGAACUACUACAGCCAGUGCGGCAACCAACAACUCAGCCCCAUUCAAGUUAAAGCUUGUCCUGGACAUUAUUACAUCUAUAAACUCGUCAAACCCGACAUGUCAGUUACCAGACCUUCAUACUGUGCAGUUACUUUUAACAACACCGUCAGUGAUCCUUGUUACAACUAUGAAUCUCUGGAUCGUCCCUGGAGAGCCUCAAAUGAAAGUGGAUUCUAUGUUUGUGAUGAAUCCUUCUCCUGGAAUGGCUGGCACCGGCUUUUCUACAAUGGGAUGAACAUCAGAAUGCCAGAGAGCUGUGUUAAUUAUGGCAGGUGUAACACAUACUUCAGUCUGUGGCUCAAUGGUCCUCACCCUCACAUUCAGGAUGGAGUGGUGACCCGGGAGAUCUGUGCGUCCAGUUGGAUGGGCUGCUGUAAUAUGAAGUCCACACCAAUUAGAGUUAAAGCUUGUCCAGGCGAUUAUUAUGUCUAUGAAUUUGUGAAGCCACCAUAUGGGUGUUCAGGAUACUGCACAGAUGUUGGCACUACAUCCAGUGUGACUUCCACCACAACUCCAGCUGUUUUUACCGGAUCUUACAUGACUACAUCUGCCUAUGACCCAUGUUAUAAGUACAACAUUUUGGAUGAUGACUACAGAAGUGUGCGCAGUUUCACCUAUAUGUAUAGUCAUGAUGACACACGUGUUGAAUGGGACGGCUGGUAUCGACACCUUGUCAACGGAUCCAGUGCUCAGAUGCCUGAGUGGUGUUUCUCUUACAUGUCAUGUGGAGGCUUCAGUUCUCUGUGGCUCGUUGGUUCUCAUCCUUAUUUAUAUGAUGGCAUUGUUACUCGUGAAGUCUACGGCUCUGUUGACAACCGGUGUAGAUUCUACACAUCCAAUCCAAUCCAGGUCAAAGCUUGUCCUGGAAAUUAUUACGUCUACAAAUUCAUACGGCCAAAGUUAUCAAUCAUAAUGCCUGUAUAUUGUACAGUUGCUUUUGCCAACAUCACCAAUGAUCCUUGUUACAACUAUGAAUCUCUCGACCGUCCCUGGAGAGCCUCAAAUGAUAGUGGAUUGCACAUCUGUGAUGGAUACUCUUCAUGGACUGGCUGGUAUCGGCUUUUCUACAAUGGGAUGAACAUCAGAAUGCCGGAGAGCUGUGUUAGUCCGGGCACCUGUAACACAUAUUUUAGUCUGUGGCUCAAUGGUCCUCACCCUCACAUUCAGGAUGGAGUGGUGACCCGGGAGAUCUGUGCAAGGAGUCAGUGGGGUGGCUGCUGUGACCUUACGUCCCAUCCCAUCAGAGUCAAAGCCUGUCCUGGCGAUUAUUACGUCUAUGAAUUUGUGAAGCCACAACCAUAUACGGAUUCAGGGUACUGCACAGAUAUCAACACAUUGUCUGAAUUUAUUUAUUCUACAAGUCCAGCUCUGGUUAAUGAAUCCAGCCUCACCUUGUCUGCCAUCAGCUCCGAUCCAUGCAAUGAUUACAACAUUCUUGAGCAGCACUGGAGAAGUACAUUCAAUUACUGGAAUUGGAAUGGAUAUGAUGACACACGUGUUAAAUGGGACGGCUGGUAUCGACUUUUUAUCAACGGAUCAAGUGCUCAGAUGCCUGAGUGGUGUUUCUCUUAUAUGACAUGUGGAGGCUUCAGUUCUCUGUGGCUCGGUGGCCCUCAUCCCAAAAUACACGAUGGCUUUGUUACUCGUGAAGUUUACGGUACUCAGUAUGUCCAGUGCAGUUACUACAGAUCCAAACCGAUUCAAGUCAAAGCUUGUCCUGGAAAUUAUCAUGUCUACAAACUGCCAAGGCCAAAACUGUCAAUUCCACAUCCUGUAUAUUGUGCAGUUCCUUUCAGCUCUCCAAAUAUUGACCCCUGCUACAGCUACACCAGUCUGGAUGAGCCCUGGAGAGCCAGCAACUCUUCAUAUAUCUCAUAUACAUGUGAUUAUAAUGUGACCGGGUGGCACAGGCUUUUCUACAGUGGACUAAAUGCUCAGAUGCCUGAGUCAUGUGUUGGUUAUGGCAUGUGUGGAUCCUAUAUCCCACUGUGGCUCAAUGGUUCUCAUCCACAGCUGGAAGAUGGAGUGGUCACCCGGGAAGUCUGUAUGUCCUUAUGGCAUGACUGUUGUGCUUACAAAUCUCAUCCCAUACGAGUCAAAGCUUGUCCUGGAAAUUACUAUGUUUAUCAGUUUGUCAUCCCAAUGUACUGUGGUACUUACUGUACAGAUCACACAAGGUUUCAUACCUCAUCACCAUCUUCCGUGACAUACCCUGCUACGAGAGACCCGUGCUCAGAUCUCAACUGUACUGAGAAUGAGUGGUGUGGAGAACAUAAUGGUGUUUACGGCUGUUUCUGUAAUCAGACCCAACCCACAUCUAACCCUGACACUUUUGAUGCCUAUGAGAUGUGUGAAAGCAGCUCCGGGUUCAUGUCUCUGUCUCGCUGUCAGCUCUUUGAAGCUGGUUUUUCUGCUGAUGUCUUACACCUGAAUGACCCCAGCUGUAGAGGAACAGUCCAGAAUGAAAGAGUAGAGUUCAGAUUUGACAAUAAUGGCAGCAUCUGUGGCACAGGUCUUGUGGCCAAUGGCACACACAUCAUCUAUGAGAACUUCAUCUUCGGGCAGCAGGGAUCAGCUGGAGGCGUCAUCAGCAGAAAGAAAUUUCUGAAGCUCCGUUUCAACUGCGUUUAUCACCAAACCCAGUCAGUCUCCAUGGACAUCAACCCUCUGGAGAGCAUUGUGCACAGAAACAUUCAAGGUCUGGGGACGUAUCGGGUCAGGAUGCUUUCAUAUCAGGAUGCUCAAUUCUCCAAGCCGUUCACUGGUAGUGUGAGUGUCGAGGUGGACCAGAAGAUUUUUGUAGAAGUGCGUGUUGAUGGAGUUGACGAUCGUCAGUUUGCUUCAGUGAUUGACACAUGUUGGGCUACACCUGUGAAUGAUCCUCAGUCAUUUCUCCGCUGGGAUCUCAUCGUUGAUGAAUGUCCUAAUCCAAAUGAUAACACAGUGGAGCUUCUUCAGAACGGCGUCUCCACAUCCAGUCGUUUCUCCUUCAGGAUGUUCAUCUUCACUGCAAACUCCACGAAGGUUUACCUGCACUGCAAAAUUCACCUUUGUCUCCUGACCAACAAUACCUGCUCAUCUCAAUGUCAGUCUGGACAGCAUCUGAGAGUGGGCAGAUCUCUGGAUUUUCACGACACUGCCUCCAUUUCUAUGGGUCCACUGGUCUGGUCUAAAGGAAACUCAGAUAUUUUGGCCCCAGAACCAGUGAAGGUGUCUAGGGCCGCAGCUCUCUGUGUCUCCUUGAUGUUUUUGUUUGUUUUGGUCUUGAGUGCUUACAUCGUCUUCUAAAUAGAUUUACACAAACGAUGACCUCACAUUUUAAAAGAUGUGUAUACAUACAUUUUGGUUAUGCGUAUGUUGUCUUGAUUGACAAAUAAAUCACUGGCUUUAAACUUAAAAAUGAAAUAUGAAUGUGUGAUGGGACCUUUAUUUAAUGGUAUUAAGCUUUACUGUGUGUUCUGAUUUUUAGCAUGGUGAUAUAAGAUUACAUUUUAAUGGUAUGUCUAACUUCCAACUUGCUAUAUUAAGUCAAUGUAAGAUUAAAGAGAUUCCUGUUAUUAA